AUGGCAAAACGGAACAAACCAUGGAAUGGAAGCAACACAAGUAACCCUGCAUGCGCUGCUUGCAGACACCAACGGAGAAAAUGCACUCAAGACUGUGUUCUUGCACCUUAUUUUCCAAUAGACAAGAUUCAUGUAUAUGAAUCAGUUCACAAGGUUUUUGGUUUCAGCAACGUUGCAAAGAUGCUAACAAAACUUGAUCAACAAGGUAGAAAACAAGCCAUCAAAUCUUUUGAAUGGGAAGCCAUGAUGUGGGCCCAAAAUCCUGUCUUUGGUCCAUUUGGUGCUUACAAUGAAGCCUUGAACAUUAUCACACAACUAUUGACUCUCCUCCAACAGCAACAAACUUUUUCAACUUCUGAGCCCAAAUUUAGGGGCCAGGCCCAUGAUUCAUUACUCUUUAGUAAUGAGGCUUUACAAGUUUCCAACAAUGUCAAUUGGGCACCUUUUGUGGAUAAUAACAAUGUUGUACAAAAUAAUCCUAGUUUUUCAUAUCCAUAUGUACAUAGUUUUGAAGGUGAUUUGCAUAAUGUGGAACCAAAAAUAUUCAAUUGUGUUCCUGAUGCUAAUGUUUUUUUGCACCAAAAGAGUGCAAUUUUGCAGCCCAAUUAUUUUCAAAACAUAGCAAGUGUUUCUGGGAGUAAUAAUAAUGUAGUGACUUCUUCAACAAUUGAUCAACAAAGUCAAGUUAGAGAUUUUCAAUGUUAUGAUGGCAAUGUUGAAAAUAUUUACAAAACUAAGGGGUAUGGACGAGAGUAUGCAGCAGUAGUUCAAAAGAGUGAGAAGAGUAUAGUUGAUCACACCAUGGCACAAAAUAGAGCAAGGAGCAAAAUUGAAGAAUUUCAACAUCCUAUUUAUUAUUCUGUUGGAAAUUCCAGACCUAAGCAAGAGUAA